AUGGCGUUUCGUAACGCCAAAGUUUCCGCAGUAAGAGACGAUGCCACAAAGGAGGCAGUCGCUGAAAAAAGUCUUUUCUGGAAAGGAAGAAAGACAAAAGUGAUAUCUUCCCUCAUGGGAAGGAGGAUGAAGAUGAUCUCUCCCAGGCUAAGGAUGAAGUUAUUGAAGCCUUUCGCCGGCCCUGACUCCCAAGCCAAUGCCACACUCUUCCUUGCCAAGUUCUAUGGUCGAGCCGGUCUCCUUAACCUCAUCGAAUCUGGUCCUAACCAUCUUCGUCCCGCAAUAUUUAGGUCACUUUUGUACGAAGCCUGUGGACGGAUCGUGAACCCUGUGGAUGGUUCUGUGGGUCUGAUGUGGUCUGGAAACUGGUCCCAGUGCCAAGCAGCCGUUGAUGCCAUUCUCAACGGCUUACCCAUCACUCACACGCCUCUCGCCAGUGCAUCCGCGUCGCACCAGAUCAUUCCUCCUCACAGAACAUACGACAUACGCCACGUGGCGAAAGAUCCAACAACAGGCGGCGACAGUUCGGAGAGUCUGGCCCUUGCCCCACGUGUUAACGGUAACAAGGCGAAGACAAAAACUGGCCGGUUAAAACGCCUAGCAGAGACCGUGGACUUCCAACUAGGUGAAUGUAGUCACGACACGUGGCAGCUCCAGUGUUCUGGUGCAACGCAUGGCUAUGGUCAGUUGGCGUUGGAGAACGUGGAGAAUCGAAGGGAAGCUCCAUUAAACCAAAGCUCGAAUCUUGGGCGUGAUGAUCAAGUCGAUACCAACGAGGUUGGCUUAGAGCUCAGACUUGGUUAGAAGCUAAAAGGACAAAAAAAAAAGAGAGCAUAAUUGUUAUCGUAACUGCCGUUUUCAUUAAUAAUUUCACUUUCUACUUGCAAGGGGAAAAGGUCAAGAGACGCAAAUGAAACUUGAGCUACUGGCUUGUAUGUAUUUUAAUUUGAUAUUAAUGUAAACUCAAUAUGUGAUAGAGGUCCUGAGUUUCGACGUGUUA